AUGUUCUUGGAGGAGUGUAAAACACAUUUCGAGACAGAAUGUCUUUAUGAGCUUCUCGGAGUCAAGAAAGAUUGCGACAGCAAAGAACUUAAAAAAGGCUACUACCGUCAAUCGAUGCGCUGGCAUCCGGAUAAAUCGAACCUCGGAGAAGAUGAGAAGGAAACAUACACAGCAAAGUUCCAAUUGCUCAAUAAGGCCUAUCAGAUCCUAUCUCACGAUGAAAGAAGAAAAAUUUACGAUGAAACAGGUUCUGUCGACGAUGAAGAGAUGAACGAAGACGUCUUGAAAGCCUGGAGAAAAAUUUUCAAAAAAGUAACGAAGGAGGACAUAGACAAUUUCAUGAGUACGUAUCAAGGAUCCAGAGAACAAAAAGACGAAUUGAUCGGUCACUAUAACAAGUGCAAAGGCGAUAUUUCGAAAAUCCAGGAGUAUGCGAUUGGAUACGAUACUAUAGACGACUUGAAGAAAGCUCUCGAUUCACUCAUCGAAGCAGGCGAGAUUGAAACAACGAAGAAAUAUGAAACGAGCACCACCGAGAAAAAGAUGAUCGCAUAUAAGCGCAAAGCUGAGAAGGAAGCAACAGAAGCCGAGAAUCUUACUCAGAGCGACGCGGACCUCAUGGCUCUGAUCAAAGGUCGCCAAAAAGAACGGGAAGAAAAAUCAGAUUCGUUCCUCGACGCGCUGGCAGCUAAAUAUGCACCUUCUUCCUCCAAAAAGGCAAAGCGGCAGUAA